GAUAUACUUCCUUUCUUGAAAAUGUGUGUCGACUUCAUUUUCUCGAAUGAUUUUGCUGCGGAUGCAGUACUGGAGCAGCUCCUGAUAUCUGCUUUCAUGUAUCUCGCCGUAAAUGUGGAAAAUUCGACAGAAAUAACGCAAAUUAUCUUGGAAAUAUUAUUCUCGGACAACAUAAUCGUUGCUCAUCGUUGCAAAUGCCUGAUGUCAUCAAUAAUUUCGAACUACUGUAUUGCAACUGUACAGGAUCAUAGCAAUUUGUUCUCAUUUAUUGGCGCUGUUACCCCUGCAGCUUUGACGGAUAAAAACACGACUCCCGCUGACGGACUGCAUAUGGGUUUUUUAAGCCAGGGUACUAUCGGAGGAUUUAAGCCGACGGUUAUUGAUGAGCUUGAAAACCAAAUAAACAAGGAAAGAGGCAUCCCUGUUCAGUUGAAACUUUCAUCGGAUUUAGAAGAUUUUAACAAAAAAAUGGCCUGGAUCGGGCAGUUGUUACUAGCUUUUGUUUCCCGACUCGAUACCUGUAGUUGUGAUGGUAUAUGCUGCUUGGCACCAGCGCAGACAAUACUCUUUUUGAUGGGUCAGCAUGCUCCAGAUCAGCUAAUCGAUCUUGUCCAUUAUUUGAUAAGUGGAUUAGACUUUAGCAAAGUACAACUAAAAAGAACAUUGAAAACAGAACGUGAUCAAAUUAUUCUACGUCUGAUAUAUGUCAUUCUUGUUCAAUGUACAUCACAUAAUUGGUCAUCCAGGAGUAGCAGAAAGAUAAUCGAUGGAGUUCACCAUAUUACGAUGCCAAAAAAUGACGAACUUACUGCAGUAUUAGGUACUGCUGACGUAGUAACAGUUGCACCAGUUGGAAGUGUUGACGGAGACGAUGCAGAAGCUGGUGGCGAAUCUGAUCUGGAACAGGUGGAAGGUACUGAACUUACAGGUGAUAUAUCAUCGUCUAGCCGUGAUGCAACACCUCAGCAGGACGAUACUGACAUAUCGAUAAUGAAUACUAUUCCCCAAGUAGAAAAUAAGGAACACGAAGAUGCAUCUGUAACUCCUGAGCCACAGGUUGCAUUGGCUCUGAAAAUUGCACAUACUUUGGUGUCUGUGGGAGCCCUGAAUCAUUGUUAUGUCCUUUUGCAAUCCUUAAAAACAGAAUGGACCAAACAGACGCAGACUCCCGAACAAGGUAUCCAGAAACUCUCCUCCGUCCCACCAGAAUUACAGCCUGAUCUUGCACCAUUAUUCAACGCUCGUGUGUUGAAUGUCAAUCCGGGAAAUGUCUUCUCGAUAUACACAACACUACUUGUCGAAAUGGCACUUCGAUUACCCUAUCAGCUCAAAAAAAUUUUGGGUGAUGAACUAUUGUUGAACAACAAAUGGGAAAAUCUUUUAUGUGAUUAUAUUACGCAGGAACCAUCAACAAUGCGCAGACUUGCUCGGAAGUUACUUUUGUUAAUGUGUGGUUCUGAUACGGCCAAGUACCGACAAGUUCGUGAUGAGCACAUCAUUCACGACUUACUGGCUAAUUUGAAGAAGCGUUUGAAAGGCCGUUCAAGUUUGGAAUAUUUCGAAUUAAGCGACAUUGUUUGUCGCAUCAAUGGAAUCGCAGUAAUUUCUGAAAGGCGCUGUAUCGUUUGGCAGAGAAUAUGCUUAGAGGAAUUACCAUGGUUGAUGGAAUUAGCGUGUAUGAUGCCUGAUGUUGCAUGCGACGCUGUUCUUAAUCUCAUUUUGCUAGCUAUCCGAACAUCCGAAGAUUCCGAUGAUGAACUGCUGUGUUGUUCACUGGUCAAUUUACUUUUAGGCAAUCAAAAGCCACUUAUACUGUUCAAAAGGCUGAUUACGAGGUUUCUGCUAGGCGAAAAUGACGAAAGACGUUGGACCCUGCAUGCGAUUCUGCGCGCUACGCUGCAGCUUGCAUCACGGCCCAACCAAUUGCUACUAAUUAAUCACCUGUACAGACAUAUUUGGCCGUAUGCACAAGAAAUGGGUAAUCGGGCUGCACAGCUAGUAGAUCUUUUGUCUUGCUAUCUGCCUCGAUUCUUAUCAAAGGAUGAAUUAAUUAUGGUUUAUAAGGAAGCUGUUGCAACGAUAAAUGGCGCGCUAUGUAUGUUAGAAAAAAGUCGAAGUUCAGUUGUUUUCAAAAAAUUAUGCGAAUUCAUCGGAUCACCAGAUAUUUCUGUACUAAGUAAAUCUCCAUGUCUGAUAUGUUCGAAUUCGGAUCAUUCAAUGGAACAGUUGAAGUUAUCAGCAAUUAAGUUGGAUUCUCGCUUCACUACGUCGGCACAGAUGAUCAAAUUGAUGGGUCAUUUCGAGGUAUCACGAAUCAUCAUACGUUUGAGCGAAAUUAAACGAUCGAAGAUGGUGAAGCGUUUCAAAUUUUAUUAUUGCAAUAAAAUGCUUGAAUCUGCGGUUGAUCUCAAAAAUCGUCCUGAACUUUGGGAGAAAGCAGCUGAUGUUAAGGUAAAUCAAGGAGAUACUGAGAUUGAUGUGCAACUUCCAAUCCCAGUUGUCACUUGUAAUGUUGUCUUGGAAAUGACCGAAUUUUAUGACACAAACACAGCUGGAGCUACGGACACGACAGAAUUCGUGCACUGUCCACGGUGUUCUACAUCAGUAGCACCGAAUCCGGGGAUAUGCUCAAAUUGUGGCGAAAAUGUCUUUCAAUGCGUGAAGUGUCGAGCGAUCAAUUAUGAUGAGAAGGAACCAUUUUUAUGUAAUUCUUGCGGUUUUUGCAAAUACGCUCGCCUGGAAGCAGUGCUUGUUGGUCGUUCAUCACCUUCAGUACAGGCAAUCGAGGACGAUAAUGACCGAAAGAUGACAUAUACCCUUAUGGAAACAUUACUGAACGACAUUGAGUCGACACGUUGUCAUAUUGGAAUCAUUGGAGCCUUUUUGGAAAGAUGCUCGUGGGAUUCGGAACCGGCUACCCGACCAAAUAUGAUUCUGAAGCACAUGACUCUGCAAUCGUUUACAAAUUUUUUAUCAAGUUUAAAUUUGAAAGAGGACUGUGCGUUUGAAACACUGUAUCGUAGUGCAGAAAAAUUGCAUAAUAAAUUGUGCGAACAAACUCGUCAGCUAGCAGCAUUUCGAGCAGAAAUUUUUCGUUACGACAUUGAAAAUGGUGAUGAAGUGUUACCGGACAAACCUCUCACCAGUAAUUUGCAUUUUAACUCUGAUUAUUGUGUAGGCUGUGUGUCUGCACUAAUAGUACACUGUGUUGCUUUAAUACAGGCAGCGUGUAGUGAUACAAACGCCAUGGAGGAAAUCAUUCAUCAAGAUUUUGUUUUCAGUAGAUUGGUGACCGCAUGCGCACUUGGUGACCCAGUAGCUCGUUCUAUUCAUAGCUUGAUUUGGAAUCUCUCAGAAGUGAGCAAAGAAGCGACGCAGAAAAUGUGUGAAUUGGUAGAGAAUGGCGCUCUUCCAUGCUACUUGUUAACGAAAUCGAUAUUUGAAAAUAAAUUCCGGUUUUGGGAGCAGAAACUGCGUUGCUUGAUGCGCAUGACUGUGCAAGGAAAUUGCAAUAGCGAGGUGGAUUUGCAUGCAUUGGCUGUGUUUUUGAAAAUUUGCUCACCAUGUUCAACAAGCCUGAGAAAUACUUCUGACAUGGCUUCAUUAGGUUUCAGUGCUGACAAAGUGGGGAACGCUGGUACUCUUGCUGAUUACCUUUUACCUACACAUGAAGAACAAUCAAAAACAGUUCUGGAUUCGCGAAAUAUUGGUCUGGAAGAUAAUGGCAAAGAAAAUGAGCAGGAAAAACAGAACCUUGUUUUGGAUAACACUCUUUUGCAUAAAAUCAUGGAAAAUAUGAAAGUAUUAGACGAAGAACCUGAUUUCGAAAAAUUACUCAUACCUUCUGAACGAUUCCCAACGAUCGCGUGGCUACAAGGAAGAUUCAUUUGGGCAGAAUAUACAAGACUGCUGCAAAACAGUGGUCCAGAAAGAGAGCGCAACAUUCUUCAGUACAUAAAACGUUGCACCGAAAGUGAUCCAAAACGGAAAUUUUCAUUCGACCAUUGGCUUACUCGUUGCAUGUUUUCAUCGGUAACAGCAGUUCGUACUGCAACAUGUCGUUUGCUUGUGAUGCUGUGCUUUGAAAUCAGCAACGAUGGUGAAGCACAAGUUGGUUCUCCUGUGGAUAUAGCUCUAGUAUUGCAAAAGGUACUGUCAUGGAUGCGGAAAAUUCGGAACGUCUCGGCUGAUAAUAUUGACGAAUACUUUUGUUUGGUGCGAACCCUGCUAAAAGCAAGCGAAAUUCACAGCGUUCUAGUAUCAAAACCAGUUGAAUUUCAUCUUGAUGUCGUGAAACGAAUUUUGUUGGCAAGCUUGGAUAUACGUUUACGUGAAAUGAACGGACUACCGGGAGAUCUUUCAGCUGGAAUUCUGCUAAAUCAUCUUAUUCAGGUUUUGAAUUGUGUGAUACGAAUGGAUAAGAAAGGUUGGAAUUUGUUAUAUGAAUAUACUCCUGUUGUACUUCCACUUCUACUUCGAGCUGCAUGCGCACUCAAACAAGUUACUGUUCAUCGUACCUUUUAUGUGAACGAAUCUGUCAAAAACCUUAGUGUGCUGCUGAUGCGCAUUGCACUGAAACGGCCAAUCUUAGUGCUGAAGGAAGUGACGAAGCGAAUAGGAGCUCAUCCGCAACAAUUACGCAUACAAGCUUAUCUUUUAUCAGUUAUAAGUGAUGUCAUUUAUCCGUUGCUGAAGAAAGAGGAGGAUUUCUUAAUACAAAUCGAGAAGGAUGCGCUCCAGGAAGAUUAUUUACAAGGCAGAAUGUUAGGUAAUCCAUACAAGAGCAGUGAUGCUGGCAUGGGUCCUCUGAUGAGGGAUAUCAAAAAUAAAAUUUGCCGAGAUUGUGAACUGGUCGCACUACUGGACGACGAUAAUGGAAUGGAGCUUCUGGUGAAUCAGCAAAUUAUUGCCUUGGACUUGUCGGUUAAUGAUGUUUAUGAGAAACUAUGGCGUUCUGAUCAUCACGGUCAACCGAUGAUUAUAGUGUAUCGAAUGCGGGGUCUUCUUGGUGAUGCGACAGAACCCUUUAUAAAAACACUGACUGAUACAAAUGUUAGGGAGAAAGUAGACGAUAGUCAGCUUCGUCUGGCUAAUGCAUUAGGCUCUCCAAUACGUGCCUUUUCAAUUAUUUUGCCGAUACUGGACAACAUUGAACUUACUGGAGGAGGGAUAGUAUUAUUACGCGAACUGCAUCGAUUGCUCACUUAUUGCAUAAAGGUCGAGGGAAAUCGUGAACAACUGAAUGAAUCUGGCGGUAUCCGAAGGUUUCUGCAUGUUUUCGAAGUGGCUUACAGAAGCGGUAUUAAAGAAAAGUCGAUUGAAGCCAUAGCUCUGCAGUAUCUUGAACUUAGUAGGAUUCUCCUGGUUGAUGUGCUCGCCACUGAUCGGAUCGAAAAGUCUAUUGGUGGCGCGAGUUUUGAGCAGAUGUCAUGGUUACUAGAACUUUCAAUGGGCAGCGAUGAAGAACUUUCAGCAUCAAUACUCGAAGCGGUGACAUCCAUUGCACCGAACCUUUGCCUCGGCAAUGCAGAAAGCAUGGAUGCUUUGGUCGAGACGUUUCGACCCUGUUGUCACUGGGAUGAAAUUGAUAACGAUCGAACAAUCCGAGAUAAAGUGGUGCAGAAAGUGGAAACACUGUGCAAAAUAACGAGUGCCAUUCAUGAUAGUGCAUCUGGACGGAUUCUCAAAAAGAAAAUGAUGGAUGCUGGAUUGAUUGCAGAUGCAUGCAGAUAUCUAGCAGAAAAUCAUCCACCUAUAUUCAAUGUAUCUGUAACGGGACCCGAAUGGAAGUAUUUUUUGUCAAAGCCUUCACUAAAAUAUGUUCUAAAAUUAAUGGCUGGCAUGGCACGGGCUCAUAAACCUUCACAGGAAGCAAUUGCCGAAAAUUCGUUGCCCAUACUCCACCGUUUGGAACAGAUUUCAUCAGCUGAACAUAUUGGAACAUUGGCCGAAAAUGUAAUGGAAGAAUUGAAAAAGAAUGAUCAAGUUGCUAUACAGAUUGAGAAAGUUCGUCAAGAAACGAAAAUAAAGAAACGUCAACUUGCAAUGGCGAUGAGGCAAAAACAGCUUUCAAAAAUGGGCAUGGAAAUCGGCAAAAAAGGACAAGUAUCUACUUGUAAACUGAUCAAUGAAUCAAAUUCAUUGGAGAGUGUAUCAGAUAUUAGUAUUUGUUGUAUAUGUCGGGAAGCAAUGGAUGCCAGUACGAGGAUCAUGAUGUGGUGGAACGUAGAAAUGCUAGGAUUAAUGGGAUUCAUCAAUUUUUUGGAAUGUGAGCGUGAUUUGAAUAAGGAAGAUUUCCGAUACAAUGUAGAUGUUGGCCCCGUAUAUGCAUUUGCAAGCCGACUGAAUCUGAAAGAGAACAAAGUAAUUAAUGGUCGGAAUUAUUCGUUUACAACAGUGUCACAGAUGAAUUUAGUUCAUCUGGAUUGCCAUUCCAUAGCUGUCAGAAUGGCUGGUUCGCGAAGUGAAUGGGCAAGUGCAGCAUUGCAUAAUGCCAAUACGAAGUGUAAUGUUAUCAUGCCGAUUUGGUCAAAGCGAGUGAAAGAUUCUGAUAUGGAACACUCCUUCCAACGGCUAUCAACAGAUCUGGAAGUAGCUGUUGAUUGUGAUACGGUAAAUUUGGAUACCCUCACGCUGGAUAUAGCAGAGUUGCUGGAUCGCUUUGUCAAAUACCGUUCAUUUUCAGCUCUUUCUCAUGGUGGCGGUCGUGAAUCGAACAUGCAGUACAUGGCUGUUUUAAUUCUUCUAGUACAGUAUUUGAAAAAGGUGUCACCAUCAUCUGAACCAGGCGAAUCUCAUUCAUUUAUUCAUCAGAUUAGUAUCAGUUUGGUAAUGGACACUGUGGAACAAUGGAAUGACAAAAGAUUGGAUUUGUUAAAAAGUUUACAAGAAUCCAAGCGAUCUUGGAAAAAUGCGAAGCAUGAAUUGCUUGUCUGGACAACCGUUGAUUAUUAUCAAAAUAAAAUUCUUCAGUGCAGAACUGAUGAGCGUACUCAAUACAUGCGUGAAAAUAUAAUCAAAAUUAUGGAAAACUGUUCCAAAUUUGUUAAUUAUUUCGACUCCGAACUGUCACAAUGUGGAAGUUAUGAUGAAUUAAUGAAAGCAGUCGGUAAGCGUUAA